AUGGGACCGCGAAAGCGCAGCCGCUCCGAGGCGAUCGAUGCCCCCGAAGCUCAGGUCACCGAGGAACCUGGAUUGCUCCAGCGCAUUCGAAGCAGCUGGGAAUUUGCAAAUAUCAUGCAGUACAUCCAUAUCUUUGGAAAGAUUAUGAAGAUCGACGAGGACUUUGGAAUCGAGGACCUGGAAGACGAAUGCCUCAAGCCUGAACCUUCGUACAAGUUACUCGAGAUUGGCCUAUGCCUGCUGAAGUGGAUCUCGUCGCAUCGCGGAUUGACGUUCGAGAACUUUGACGAGUACACCCGACGCCAGUACAAUGCGAAAGCACCUCAUCUUCCGAACCCAUUCGGCUACGAGGAGACCCCUCUCCGAUUCCUCGAUUUUGACGUCUUUACCAAACUCACCGUCCUCCACCAGCUCUCUGUGUGGACCUUCUGGAACCCGGAUCGCCUCCGCGAGAAGAUGCCUGAGAAGAAGGACUCAGAGCAGUUGGAAUGGCGCAUUGAAGAGUUCGGAUAUGACCAUGAUGGUCGUUCUUACUACGUCCUUGAUGACAACCGCCUCUACCGCCGAACCGACCCUCCUAUCCCCGCGCCUCUGCGACCAAAGAAGAAACCGAAGAGCAGGUCCUCUCGAGGAUCUCGGGCAUCGAGACGAGUCUCCGCCAUGGUUGCGGAAGAGGCUUCCGAGGACGAAAACAAGGAUGAGGACAAUGCCAAUGCCUUCCCCAACUUUAAGUGGGAGUGUGUUGCUGUCACCCUUUCCGAGUACAAUACAUUCCUGGACGCCAUUCGCAAGAGCAAGGAUGCGGACGACAAGUACCUGCGCAGCCAGGUUGAGGAGCACAUCCUGCCUCUGCUGGAGAAGGCGGAAGAAGCGCAACAGCGCAAGAGGGUUAAGCGCGAGAAGGAGCUUAUCCAAAUGCAGAUGCUCGCUGGUGCCAAGCGAUCUAGUCGACUGGCUGCCAAGGAGGAGAAGGAACGUGCUGAUCGUGAAGCUGCAGAGGCCGCUCGCAAACGAGAGGCCGAUCUGGCCGAAGCCCGCAAGGAGCAGGCUCGCCAGAAGCAGAUGGAGAAUGAGCGCAAGUCUCGCAUGAUGACCCGUGAGCAGCGCAUCAAGGAUCGUGAGCACAAGCGGAUCCUCCACGAAGCCGAGGUUGAACGCCUUGCGGCGGAACAGGAGAAGCUGGAGCGCGGUGAGGGCAGGGUCUCGGCCCGGCAUCUAAAGGCUGAGAUGGAGCGGUCGCAGAAGAACUUGGCAGAUCUUGAUGAAGAGGACCAAUGGAUCUUCGACUGCUCUGGUUGUGGUGUGCAUGGCGAGAACCUGGAUGACGGGAGUCACAGCGUUGCAUGCGAGAAGUGCAAUGUAUGGCAGCAUAGCAGCUGCCUUGGCAUCAAGAAAGAAGAUGCUGAAAAGGACGACUUCCACUUCGUCUGCACGGACUGCAAGCGAAAGGAGGAGGAAGCCAACCGGCCUAAACUCCCACCGCUCAAGUUCCGAGUCAGCGCGACCCCGUCGCCAUCUGCCGCCGGGGUUAAGCCCAAGGUCGAAGAGCAUGGGCGUGUUCCACCCUCUCCGGUGAAGCACACUCACAAUGCUCUGUCGAACAUUCAGAACGGGCCUUCCCGACAGCAGGGUUCUCAGCCUACACUUCCUUCACCUACUGCUCAAAACCAGCAAUUCGUUCAAGGACAACACCAGUUUUAUGUCCCACCUUCCCCUCAGCGUCUUCCCCGCCCUGCGAACAAUUCUCCUCUUCCUUCUUCAAGUCCACCUCGCCCACCAUUCUCGCCUUCAAAGGCCUCGAAUGGACCGACGCAACGCCUCACUACUCAACAACCUCGAUUUGCGCCUGGACCUGGCCAACAUGUCUUGCCUCCGAUGCAGUCAGGACCUCACCUUCCUCCUAUUGCAUCUUUCCCUUCCGCCCGGCCUUCCUCCUCUCAUUCUGGGUAUGGCCCAACCCAGAAUCAUCCCUCCAUGUCCCCUACGCAGGGCAACCCCGAUGUAGGGCCUCUUGCAGGAGUCCCGUCCGGUGCUCCCAUCAAUGGUUCCGGGCCGUGGUCCUCUUUUGAUACCUACGCUACGCCGCGUCCACAAUCUGGCCAUGGAGGCACCCCUGCCAUGUCCCAUAACUACCCUUCAUUCUCCUCUGUUGCAACCCCGAAUGGCAACCAUUCUUCACCCCCACACAGCUCGCAUGGAAUUGGCAUGUCCGGAAUCAGUCCGACCAAGCAGUCUCCUCGGCCCAUCACCGCAGGCGGUAUGGCAGGAGCCCCGGUUCUUCCUCCUAUCCGCAGACUAGAGCCUAGUCCUAAGCUCAUGGGUCGAAGCUCCCCUGACGCACCGAUUCCUGCGCCUAUGAAGUGCAUGACUCCGGAGCAAGAGGAGCGCCGUCAGCGGGAGAACGCCUCUCUGCUACACAAUGGGCAGUCCUUCUCGGCCAAUGGCCAGACCAAUAUUAUGUCGUCUCCAACGAUGAGUCGCAUCCCAUCGCUGGGCGCAGCUGCUCAUACCCAGCACCCUGAGCCAAUCCCAUCACCUCAAAACGGUGGACAUUCGGCUCGACAAUAG